AUGUCACUCACUCUCUCCCUCUCGCAGCUCAGGUACUUUCCUUCAGUCUGUAACGUGAAUGACAAUGGCUGAGCGGUUAGUGCACCAUGGCCGGUCAAAGGAAUUACAAGGCUGACCUGAGAUGUUCUGUGUAAAAAGUCCUGAGAUAAACUGCUCAGCUGUUUAAGCCACAGAGGAGGAAUUCAAAAGCUGCUGCCUUUACCCAAAGUCUGGAGGAGUUUAGGAGAGGAACUGUCCCGUUGUCUUUGUAAAGUGUCAGUGUGUUCAGUGUUUUGACAUGGCUCUGUCCCAGAUACAAUGCCUGGACGAAAACAACGUGAACCUGCGGACGCACGAGUCUAAACCGGAGUUCCUGUACUGUGAAGACCAGCGGGUCGCUCUGGAAGCUCUCCUCCGCAAUGGUCGCGACGCGUUUUUUAAGUGCUUGGAGGCUCGCGGCCUGCGGGGUUUCCUCUCAGACCCGGAGCUGGAAACACUCGCCGGGACGGUGGAGCCGUAUGACCCGGACUCGGUGCUCUUCCCGGAGAAUGCCGAGGAGGACGAGCAUCCGCUGUCGCUGCACUACUGGCCCGAGUUGUCAGACAUGUCCAUUCCGCAGAUGGACAUGGGCUGGCCGGACUUUGAAUCUUACCGGGGUGUCACGCGCACCACGGUGUAUUCGCAGCCACCGCUGGAAGGUCAGGCACACAUCAAAGAGGUCGUCAGGAAAAUGAUUGCGCAGGCGCAUAAGGUAAUCGCAGUGGUGAUGGAUGUCUUCACUGAUGUCGACAUCUUCCGAGAUUUGCUCGAUGCUGGUUUUAAGAGAAGGGUUUCUGUCUACAUCCUGUUGGAACGUUUAUCUCUGCCUCAUUUCCUGUCAAUGUGUCGGAGGGCUAACAUGCAUGCCGGACACCUCAAGCACCUCCGUGUACGCUGCACAGAUGGAGCAGAGUUCUACUCUCGGUCCUCUACGAAGGUUAGAGGGCAAAUGGGACACAGAUUCAUGUUCGUUGAUGGAGACAAAGCCUUGUCUGGGUCGUACAGAUUCACUUGGAUGUCAUCACGGCUUGACAAAAACCUUGUCACUGUGAUUACAGGCCAGGCAGUGGAAGCCUUUGAUAGACUUUAUCGCGUCCUCUACUCGACCUCCAGCUUCGUCAACCUCCAGCAGGUUGCUACAGAACCUGAACCUGAACCUGAACCCAUCCCACAGCCGGUCGCAGCGCCCCUUCCUUCUGCUGCUCUUGCCAGGAAACUGCACAACCCAAAAUAUGCCCUUGUUAACCUCGGCAACCCUGCUCACAACAACAGCGCCCAAGAAGCCCCAAAAACAGAAAACUCCAAGGGCACAGAGGAAAUAAACAAGAAGGGACGGAGGAAGUCGAUUAAAGAAGCUCCUCCUCUCCACCCUGGACUUGCCAAUCUGGAGAAAGUAUGCAUGGUGGCAUACCUGCCAACCUGGCCAGAUCCUGAUCCCCCCAAAGACGUAAUUGGGUACAUUAACGUUCGGGAUGCCAGAAAACCAACUCAGGUCCAUCUACAGAGAUCUGAGAUGUUUGAAACCAGCCAAGCGAUCAGGUUCAGUAGUCCAUUCAGCACGCCAAAAGAAAAGCUUCCAGAGGUUGCCACGCUCCGACAGCUUCCUGGUAAACCUAAGGAGAUGAAUAAACUCCAACCAGCACAAGAUAUAACAAAAGCUAAGGAGUCGCAGGUGGACAGAGCUUCAGUCAAUGCAUGGCCUGUUGAAGCCAAAAGUAAAGCAGAGACAGCUAAGCAGAACUCACCUGCAUCUGGACCAAAGUGUGAAUCCAACAAAGACAAAACAAACAGUCUUAACAUUGAGAGAACAAACACAUCCAAUAACCAAAAAGUAGUACAAAACACUGAGCCUCGACGUAAUGUACGCACACCUCUCCAAUCAAGUGCUGAAAUAUCCAGUUUUAUCCCUGGGAGGCCCACAAACACCACUACAACUGUUGUCAACAAAAGUACUGAACCUGACUCCCUCCCUGGAUCCAUCACUAAAACAGAAACACAGAGUUCAAAGGUGACCAGCACACAAACCUUACACACAGGCUCAAACAAAGAGCAACAUACACAAAAACAGAAUGCACAGCCACAUUCAGCGUCACCCACACAGGCUGUUCACAUACAGUCACAAAACUCCUCUGCAAUACCUCCUAACAACCGGACUCCCACUGCCAACAGACACGUUAUCUCGUCUUCUGUCUCAACCUUUUCUGAAAGUAGUGACAAUGCCUCUUCUUCUGUUCCUCCUCUCACCUCUUCUUCUGUUCCUCCUCUCACCUCUUCUUCUGCAACUCCUACUCUGCCCAUCCUUUCUUCCUCAGAAGACUCACCUUUGACCCCAACCUCAGCUCCUCCCAUCCCUAAACCUCGGACUAUCCAGCUGCUCAUAAAAGAUGGCGUCACCAGUGAUGGCAAGAAGCUGCUGGAUGGCAGCAUUGCAAAGAAGCCCGAGUCCAGCACAGGGUCGCUAGUGGUCCAAAAUGAGUCUGCUGUAGUAACUGAGUUGGAAACUUCUCCAGAGAAACAACUGGAGAUUGUCCCAGAUUUACAGAAUAUGGGAAGCAUUACAGGAAGUCAAAGAGAUGUAGAAGGCGCAGUCAAAAUUAAAGACGAUCCUCAGCAAAAAGAGGGCGGGACUUCCAGAAAGAAUGAGAAAUCAGACGCAGGAACCACCCUGGUCCUUAAGCCAGAGAAUUUAACUACAGAGGAAUCAAGGGUUGAAAUUGUGAAUGCUCAAGAAAUAGUUCCAAACUUUCCUGAACCCAAAAGUUUGACAACAGUAGAUGGCAAAUUAACCCGGCAAAUAGACAAAGAACUAAUAGAGACCAAAGCUUUAGAGAAAACAACAACCUGCCCUGAGUUAGCUGAAGCCCCAAAUAAAAACGGUGAAAAUGUAACAAAUUGCAAAGCAAAUAGUGAAAAAGCACCUGAACUUCAGAAAAUGUCGGAGAGUGAGUCGGCGCCGCAGGAUAUAGGUGUACUUGAAACUGUAGACUUAACAAGCACAACACAUACCACACACAGCACCUCUCAAGGAGAAACUCCUAAAACACUUGAAGGCAAACACACGCCCGAAAAAACCUUUCACUUACAGCUGUCCGACACACACACGGCAGACCUGCGCUCACUGACACCUGACGGGGAGUUACCAUGGCUCAAAGCUCUUGCUCGCACUCCAACUCCAGACGGAAUUCAUUCGCGCACACCCACCCCGGACUCACGUUCGAACACACCAGACUUUCGAACGCCUACCCCAGAAGUUAGCGACGGUUAUGUUUCUGCGAUAGACUCCGCCGCCUCAGAGGAUUACUAUGACUGUGUUGGCUCUCCUUGUCUAGUCGAGCCGGAUUUUGACCGAGCAGCAAAUCCCAACCACAGUAUGGCUGAGGAUCAUGCUAGCCCCACACACACACAUUCUCGCAAUGCCACAAACAGCAACAGAAAACAUAAUACCAAAACCUUAAGUAGUGAAACAAAGAGUUUAUCCAGGACUGCUAAAGUAUCUUCUUCUUCUUCUUCUUCUUCUUCUUCUUCACUUGAGAAGGCAGUGAAAAAGGAGGGGGAAGAAAGUGCAAAUAAUAACAGUGGGAGUAAAGAUGUUGAAAAGAAGAGAGGGGCGGAGGGAACAGAGGGAGACUCUCCUGGGAGAGAGAGGACAGGCAGCAAGGUGAAAGAGUCAAAAGGGACGGUAGAGAAAAACAAGGAGGCCCCAAGCCAAGCUCCUAAGAAACAAAAGGUGUCAAACCAAUCAGCAGUAGAGAGGCCGGUCGACGGAGGAGGGACUCCAGGAACCAAUGAUGGAGUGGAGCCAAAGCGAUUGUCCACAGGUGACUCUACACCAAAGACAGUUUGCACUGAGAGAGAGGCCCCGGACAAAGAGAAGAAGCCAUUAGGACCCAGCGUUGUGGCGAGGAGAGAAAAGCCCCAGACCACCAAAGAGACUGAGGGCAAGAAGCUUGUGAACACAUCUUCCAAAUCUCCAGAGGAACAGCAGCCAGACAACGGAGCUUCCUCCCCUUCCCGACCAACCAGAUCCCCUCAACCCCUCUCGGGCCAGUAUCUGGGGCCUCAUCCUUUGGGAAGCUCUCUGCAGAACAAGGCAGAAAGCACAUUGCAGCAUGGUAGUGGAUACGGCUCCUCUCCUAAAAAGUCACAGACGAGACCUGCUGCUGCUGCAGCUGCUGAGCAAAGGCACGCCGAAGUCUCCCGCAGCCAGCAGAGCCUAAUUUCUCCACCGCCUUUGGCAGACGGGCAGAAACCUCGGUCGUCUCUUCUGCACACACACUCAAACUCAAACUCACAGCCGCAGCUCAGUCCUCCUUCCCAGAACCAGGCACUUUCAGCAAACCACAAGGUGGAUGGACGGGGUCCAUUUAGCUUGACUUUCCGCAAGCUGUACAGCCUCAAGGAUCUUAAGGACACGAUGAGCAAGCUGCCAAUACAGAGCAAGAGCAGCACUCCAAUACAGGGACACAAGAGCACAAGCUAGUUUGAUUGCAUCAGUCCAUCUCGGCAUCAAUUUUUCAUGUCGUUGCAAUACAUUAAGCCAAGGAAAUGGGGAAUUGAGCAUAAAAUUGCUAUUAAAAUUAUAUAAUCCUCAGUAUCCAGUAAAUGAACUGUAAAAAAAUGCUCUUAAAAUAUCUUCUCUUCUGCUCACACAGCAGACUUUCACCUUAGGGUUACCUCUUGCAGAGGUUUUAGUAAAGAUUAAUCUAGCCUCCUCUCCUGCCUGUCUCAUUAGUUUGCCUCUAAGAUUUUUUUUUUCAGAUGAGAGAUGGGGCCUUUGUCCAUUAACAGUGUUUUUUUCAGUGUGUGUGUUGGCAGCAUCCACAACCUUUAUUUCUGUGUGCUUUUCACCAGCGCUUUCCGUCGCUAGGUUACUGGAGUUUGACUCACUGCACUCCAGCUUCCCUCAGCAGUGACCCUAAGGUUUGUUUUACAUUGCUCUGGAUGCUAAAUAUUUGCUCUAAUUUAAGUGACAUUGACUAGUGCAGAGGUGUUCCAAAAGUUGAACUCUUUUCAAGUGAGAGCAAAAAAAGGGUGUUUUUGUGGAUAGGACACUGACCGCUGAAAACACUGAACUGCAUCCGCUUUAUUUAGAAAAUGGGCGGAGCCAGCACAAAAAAAAAAUGGCAUUGGUUGACACAGAGCGUUUUUCAUAUUACUGCAUCUCAAACUUUAGAAAUGCAUGCUUUUUUUUAAGAUUUACUUUUGAGAUUUAUUUUAGAGAUAGGACUGGGAUAGAGUCAGAAACUGAGGCUGGCCACUUUUAAGGAUUUAAACCUCUAUACAUGGGACAUGCGCACUAACCGCUAGGCUACCGGCCCCACAGAUUCUUCUAUUUUUUUUUAUAAUGUGACUGCCUUCAGGAGGUUAUGACCUCUGGUGCUAAUGUCCUAGACAUUUGGAUUUGAUCCAAAGCUGCCUCUAAUGGAGAAUUAAAGGGUUAUACUCUG